AUGUCCAUUGCGCCCGAAAACGACGUCAUUGAAACCACAAUUGCCUUUUUGCCUGAAGCCCAUGAAGACAGCGGUAACAAGGGAACCGCAAACUACGGCCCCCUGCAACUUCUCUUCGUCAUGGCUGCGGGUUGGUGGGUUCGAGGGUUCCUGCUCGAGGACCCCCCCUGGUCCGGAACGAUGUUAUGGGCGCUAACUGGUGAGCUUCUACUGGCAUCACCAAAACUGCUUCCCUGGGCGCCUGCCUGCCUGCAUGGGCUUCCCUAG